AUGGACCAGCAGCAGGACCAGAGUCAGUCCUCAUACCAGGAGACCCCAGGAACACCACCUCGCCCGCCUUAUUCCCCGGUAACACCGGUAUUCGCCCAUCUUGCACCUGUCACCUCCAACGAGCCAAGAAUUGUCCCGCCACCAGCAUCUCCCUCUCCGACACCACCAAUCCAUCAUUCUCAAAGCAGAUUCUCAGGCUACGAAUCUCCUCCACAUCCAGCAAAUCCCCCAGUCUUUAAACCUCAACCCCCUCCAGUACCGAUUUCGGAGAGUGAGAACCCCGAUGCCAUCGCACUUCGUUCCGCUAUCUCUAUCCUGCAAAUGCAGAAGCAACAAAGUCUGCGCGAUAUCCAGACACUGGAUCGCAUGAAAGAGACCGCAGGUGCUGAUCCAGAAGGGUUUGCGCGCGAGUUGGCAGCCGGACGGUUGAAGACCGAGGACCACGGGGCUGUGAUCCAAUUCUCCGAAGACGACGCAAUGGAAGACGGCGCCGCAGACUCAAAACGCACAAAUGCAGAUGGAUCACCCGCAUCCAAAUUUGGUCGUAUUCCCGCUCCGCAGAAUGUUGUGCGCAUGCCCCCGAUCAAUUGGGCCAAGUACCAGGUUAUUGGUGAACCACUCGACCGCAUGCACGAGGAGCAACUAUACCGACCGACUCCCGGUGAACCCAGACGUGAACGUGCACCAGAGCAUGUCCUCGCCUCACCCUAUCGACCACUGGUAGAUCACUUGGAGACGCCCUCCCGACUUGGUCGUCCCAGCAAGACCAAAAAGACGUGA